UGCAAAUUAAUUUGCAUUGUUGCUACUUAAUUAGUAAGACAGUUGCUAAUUUACCUCAUAAAAAAGUGAAUACUGAUUAUCAAUUGGAGUCUAAAGCUAUUAAAUUUGUUUCUGAAUCAAAUAUUGUCCCAAAUGUCCAAAAAGAAGGAAAAGGCUCAACUCGACACUCGGACAGAGGCUCUGUUUACCCGGAAAGGAUACAAAGUGCUGGACAAAAUAUCUGAAGGCGCUUUUGGUAAAGUGUUUACCGCAAUGAAAGUAUCAACGAGUGAGAUGUGUGCAGUUAAAAUAAUGGACCUAGAAAGAUGUUCCGAAAAAUUUCGUUCAAAAUUUUUACCUCGAGAGUUGAGCAUCUUGAUGCAAGUGAAACAUGCCAAUGUUGUCCAAAUAUUUGACAUUUUCCGGGCCAACAACAAGAUUUACAUUUUCAUGGAGCUUGCCCCUAAUGGAACCAUAGCAGAUUACCUUAAAGCUCACGGAGCUUUGCCCGAGAAAAAGACUCGUGAAUGGUUUUACCAAAUUGCCGAUGCGCUGACCUUCCUACAUAACAACCUGGGCAUCGCUCAUCGAGACAUGAAGGUUGAAAAUAUCUUAUUUAACAGUGAAUUGGAAUGUAAAUUAACAGAUUUUGGUUUUGCCAGAGUUUGCUUUGACCUUUCAACCGGAUUAUUGCGCCUCAGUGAAACCUUUUGUGGAACUGAACCCUACUAUGCUCCUGAGAUAAUUGAAAGAGAACCUUAUAAUCCAUUCUUGGCCGAUGUAUGGGCCACUGGAGUCGUCCUUUUCGCCAUGUUAAACAACCGAUUUCCAUAUCAAUAUCAAGAUUUAAAGGUCAUGUUGAAACAACAGUAUGGCCAUGCCUACAAAUGGCGACCCGGAGUUGAAGAGUCAACAUCCAAAGAUUGUAAAGAUUUACUCUGGAAAAUGUUAGAAGCUGAUACAAAGAAACGUUUGGUGAUGAAUGAGGUGAUGGAUCAUCCUUGGUUGAAAAGUUAUUCAACUAAAAGAGGAAAUCGUUAAUUAUUAUUCGCCUUAAUGUUUGACAAAUUAAAGAUUCAUUGUACUCAUUUGAAAUAAUCGACAAUACAAAUCAUUCUUUA